AUGAUUUUUUCAGCUCCAUUGUACAUAAAAGAGAGACAUUGUGGGUAUUGUAAUGAUACUAAACAGGACUACUAUGCUUUAGAAAGUCAAGCAAAGACCUCAACUGGGAUCCAGCGAGGCGGGGUCGGAAGAGAUAAGCAAUCGAUAAUGGUGGGGUCAUCAAUUACUUCAAUGACUUGUCAAAACUAUGAUGAAUUGAUGAACCAGGGGUUCAGAAGGUCGGGAAGUUUUUUGUACAAAAGUGAUUUACUAAGAACUUGUUGUCGGUUGUAUACGAUUCGUACCAGUAUGUCAUAUUUCAAACCAACAAAGAAGCAACGCAAGGCUAUCAACAAAUUUAUUAAGGAAAUUUGUCCUGAUGAGUCUCAAUUGGGUCCCGUAGUUAAAAAUUCAUUCAGUUUAGAUCGAAUGGUGGAAGCACAAGUCAAAUCUACCAGUUUCAAAAUCAACUAUGGACCAUCGAAGUUCACAAAAGAGAAGUACGAACUAUAUAAGAAGUAUCAAGUUGCUGUACACAAUGAUGAUCCUGAUGAUAUAACUGAGAAAUCAUUUACGAGGUUCCUAUGCGACUCGCCAUUCACUAGUGAGGAAAAACGAGGUACUGACGACCAAUGGGAAAGUCUAGAUAUUACAAACUGGUCAAACAAUGCUAAAGAGAAACGAAUUGGCCCUACACAUGCAUGUUAUUAUCUUCACGACAAACUCAUUGCAAUAUCAGUGUUGGAUUUUUUACCUAGUGGGGUUUCAUCAAUUUAUUUUAUUUGGGAUCCAGAUUAUGCUCAUUUAUCAUUAGGUACAAUCCUGGGUAUUAAUGAGCUUCAAAUGUGUCAAGCCUUAGGUUAUGAUUGGUAUUAUUUGGGAUAUUAUGUUGAAGAUUGUGACAAGAUGAAUUACAAGGCAAAAUUUGGUGGAGAGAUUCUUGAUGUUUGUAGUGAAACAUAUUAUCCCAUGGAAGAUGUGAAACCAUACUUGAAAAAUGGUCGAUUGUUUGUUAUUGGUAUCAUUGGGGACACUAAACAGGGGAAGGAGCUUGACUAUGAAGCCACGGGACAUACUAAACCUGAUUCAAUCAGCGAAGUGAAUUACAAUGCUGCUGAAGAUAUUUUUGGUGGGGUUGAUAUUUAUGCAAAUGCCAAAAAGGAAGCUAAGAAAUUACUCAGUGAUUACGAUAUAGGCAGAACCGAUGAGUAUAAACUACCACAAGUGAUGCCGGGAUUGAUUCCAUUACUGAAGAUACAACAAUGGUUAGAUGAAGAUAUUAUUGAUGAUGAUACAUCAAUCAAGAUUGAUAUGUUUGGUGGAGUACACAAGUUCCAAUUUGGCAAUUUAAACCAUGAAGGACGUGGCUUUUACGUUGAUUGUGUUAGAUUAUUCGGAUUAAAAAAGAUGAAAAAUUCAACCAUGAUCUUACAAUAG